ACACGUUGAGAUACAGAGAGGGAAUACUGUGUGUGUGGGGGAUACAGUGUGAGAAGGCAUAUAGGGGGUACAGAGGGGGAUACAGUGUGUGGGAGCAGAUAUACAGUGUGAAGGAGGGGAUACAUUGUUUUGGGAGGAAAUAUCGUGGGAGAGAGGAUACAGUGUGAGAGGGAAUGCAGUAAGAGCUCAGGACUACAGUGGGACUCGGGAAGGAUACAGUGCGUGCUGGGCUGAGGUCCAGAGCAGAGACUAUUUCCCACUGUAAUCGCGAAGGAGAGCAUCUGGUGUGACACUCAGCUGGAUUAGCAGGACUCGCUAUGAACGAGGAGCAGUUUGUUAACAUUGACCUGAGCGACGAUGACAUCUGUGGCGUUUGUAAGCUGGAGACGGCGAAGGAGAUGCUUUCAUUCUGCCAUGUUUGUUUCGAGCUCAGCAUUGAAGGGGUGCCCAGGUCGAGCCUCCUGCACACGGAAUCUGUGCGUGGCCACAGAGAGUGCUUCGAGAAGUAUCACCUCAUCGCCAACCAGGACCUGCCGAGGUCCAAGACAUCGAAGAGCACCUACAAGGAUGUGAAGGAGAUACUGAGCAGGAAGAUCAGUCAGAUAAUUCAGUACGCCCAGAACCAGCCGUCCGGUGCUGACCUGCAGCGCUGCGAGCAGACGGGGGUCACAGGCCGCGACCCACAGCCCAGCUCCCUCAGGACACACUUCCACCAGCCCAAUGGGUCCCAGUUACCCCGUUACUCCCCACACUGGCUGGAGGUGGGAGCACCUGGCUACUCGGAAUGCAGGCGGGGUAUCUUGGAGCCGGAGGGGCAGGAUUCUUUCGGUCUGGGUGCAGGCGCUGGUGGCCGUCGCAGUGGAGAAGAUCUCCGGUCGACCAGGGAGCAGGGGCUGGGUGAAGAAGGCCAGAGGCCAGUGGAACGUGACAGAAAGGAGCCCAAGGGUCACCCACACUACACACAGGAUGACCUGAGUAGCAUGUCGAUGGAAGAUCUGGUCAUGCUGAAUGAUCAACUGCUCAAACAGGUCAAAGUGGUCUUUGAAGAUCUGACGCAGGAACUGGAGAAGAAGGAUUCCCUCUCCUCUGAGCUUCAUGUCCGUUACAUCGCCAUCGAGCAGCUCUUCAAGAACCGUUCCAAACUGCCGUGGCUACAGAUUGGACGCAAGGGCAUCAAAUCCAGUGUGCCCGUUGACAACUAACCUCCAGCCCAUCGCAAAGACGAACUUCUCAAAAUCCAAUCCCCAACAGUAUAGAAGACUUUAAACUCCACAGGAUGUGGGGAAAUAUUUUGUAUGCAUCUAUAUUUGCAGAGAAAAUUUACAGCGUUUUAUGUACGUAUAAAUCAAUGUGUUUUUUUAAGAGCCAUUUUUGUUUUUAGAAAGCACUCAAUGUUCUCGGAUGUUGUUGGUCUGUGGGAUUUUGCUAUGGGAUUUCUCAGUCACACAGCAUUUACCAGGGGACAAGGGAAUCCUUGACAUUGUAGGUGUCCUUCCCAUGGCUGAAAUCAUCCUGACUUUGAAAUGUAUACCUAGUCCUUUGUCAUCACUAGAUCGAAAUCUUGGAACUCUUACAGUAGCAUCACUGCAGGAACCCCUUCACCAGAGGGACUGGAGUGAUGCAAGGACAACAUGAGGUUCUGCAGAUGCUGGAAAUCGAGAGGUACGGUAGAUGGCCCCCAACAGCCAUGUUGAAGUGCUGCCUAAUCUGGAAGGGCUGUUUGGGGCCCUGAGUGGAGGUGAGGUGAAAAGACAUGGUCUUUUUCCCCAGAAAGUGUGUCAGAAACAAGAGAGCAUAGGUUGAAGGUCAGAGACGAGUAUUUAAACGGACAUCAGGGUAGACAAAGGUGGUGCAUAUUGGGAAUGAGCUGCCAGAAAUCGUGACACUUUAGCAAUAGUUGAAAGCAGUCAUGUAACACACAUACAAUGCUGGAGCAACUUGGCUUGUCAGGCAGUAUUUGGGGUGCCACGGCGACAUAGCGGUGAGUGCAUCACUAUUACACCUCAGGACGUUACGGAGUUCAGAGUUCAAUUCUGACAGCGUUCUGUGAGGAGUUUCUGUACGUCCAUCCACUGGAAUGUGUGGGUUUCCCCAAGGGCUCUGGUUUCCUCCCACAGUCCAAAGAUGUACCGGAUAGGCUAAUUAGUCAUUGUAAAUUGUCCUGUGAUUAGGUAAGGGUGAAUCGGGUUUGUCACUGGUUGCUGGGGCAGUGUGGCCCAAAGGGCCAGAAAAGCCUACUCCCAGUGUAUUGCUAAAUAAACCAAUAAAAUCUAUGGUGUGGAAUGAACAGUCGACAUUUCGGGCUGAGACCCUUCAUCUGGCCUGAUGGGGAUCUCGGCCCGAAACGUCGACUGUUCGUUCUUCUCCGUGGAUGCUGCCUGACAUGCUGAUCAUUCUGUGUGCGGCUGAAGGAAGUGGCUUCACCCCUCGCUACCUGAAGGGUUAGAGAGACGGGUAAUGAUGACUCUCCUUGUCACUGCUGCUUACAGCCUGAGAGCAGAUGAAACAAGCACAGUGAAUACAAACUGUGAUCUCUUGCACAGUUGACAGUUCCAUACAGAGAGAGACUUCCUUUCCGUAGGGGAUAGUUUUAUUCAUUUCCUCAUGGGGGAGAGGGGGUUCGCAUCCAGCUAGAUUUACCCAGGGCCAAAGUUUAAAGUAAAUUUAUUAUCAAAGUACGUGUACGUCACUAUAUACAACCCUGAGAUUCAUUUUUCUUAUGGGCUGUUCCAGAGUCUGGGUCUGUUCAUGAACAAAAGCCAUAGAUUAGUGGGCAGCCCUGGUGCUUUCACUCAAUACACAAACAGAUGAAGGAACAAUGGUUCAGGCAGCAUCAGUGGGUGCAGUCACAGAGCAUUACAGAACAGAGGAGGUUCUUUGGCCCAUCCAAUCUGUGCUGAACUGUUAUUCUGCCUCCAUCCCCCACCCAUUCACGUACUUACCCAAACUUCUCUUAAAUGUUGAAAUUGAACCUGCGUCCACCAGCCCCAGUGGCAGCUGAUUCCACACUCUCACCAUCGUCUGAAGAAGCUCCCCCUCAGAUUCC